CGUGCACAAGCAUUGUUUACAAUUUGCCAGGCAAAGGUAGAAGACAACGUGAAUACGUAUGAACUUGUCCACACAAAAGACGAUGGAAAGAGAGAGAAGACAGGUGCAGGGCUGCAAUCUCAGGAUCCGGCUGGCCAAUCCCAGAGAUGCAUUCAGCACCGCUUCUAGUUCAACCCAGCCAAAGUGAGAGGACUACAGUGUGGAGAUGGCAGAGGGCUCCCUUGUAGUGAGGGUGGCUUUAUACACUGGACUGACGUGUGGUGAGUUUUUAGCGCCGUAUCGGCAGCAGAAGAAGUGUCUCCCAAGUGGAUGUUACACAUCACUAGUGGAGGAGUCGUCCUCCACUAGGACGUGGCUACCGAGGGCUGGGGACUGAGAACAACGUCAGGACCGGCUAGCUAACUCUGCCAUCAUCUAACCUGUCCCUCCCUAGUACCAUCUAACUCGGCUGCCAGACGAAUAGAGGCCUUCACCAAGAGCAGGCACCAUCUGAAGCUGUCAAGAAUUCACUCUCAUAUUUUUUCUUAAUUUUUUUUACUGCAGUUUUGUGUUCUUUUACCGAUUUGUACUGUGAUGUCCAAACUUGUGAAACAUAGACGUCCAUGAUUGGUACAGAUUUGGUCAAGCCCGGACCAACCAAAUGUGGUAGCCAGUAUGUAGAAUAAUACUCAAAAUUAUAUUAUAUUUUUGUACCAUGAAGAGAAUGACAUUCUUAAUUAUGCAUUUCUGUAUAGCACAAAUCAGAGACCCAUGAUGUCAUUCUGUCACUAUAAUUGUGUUAUAGGGUGUUAAUCCACUUAAUUUACUAUAGUUCAAUAACUAAAAUAGUUUUUUUUUUUUUUCAAUUUGAAGGUGUCAUGUCAUUCUUUCUGCAGACAUCAUUCUGUCUUAAUUCAAAGUAGAUAUUUAAGAGUUUUUGGAAAAUGUAACAUAAAAAAACAGAUUUGACCUGCAUUCUGUUACCAAACUUUACAUCUGCACUGCACUUCCUGUAAAUUAGUUUUUGUAACAUUUUCAGUGGAAAUUGUUAAAAGUUGUUACCAUGGAGAAGGAUGGAAUGAAAGUACUUCGCAUCAAGAAGGAAAUAAAUGAUGACACAGAACAUGACACACCAUCUCCAGUGACAGAUGAGCAGCUGUGUUCCAAAGUGGACAUGGUGUUUGUUAAGGAGUGGAGCCAAAGCCUAUGGCGAGACGACAGAAUAGACAGUAAAGACAGAACAGAGGAAGAAACUCCAGGAUCUUCAAUGACCCAGCAUCAGAACGGAGGGCUACUUCAGUGCAGUAAGCUGAAUCCCUCCACUCCCAUCCUCAAAGUCUUCUGUGAUCCUGAACGAGACACGUAUCCCGACUACCGACUGAAGAGGGAAUCUCUGAAUUAUCUGUUCUCCUUGGCCCUGACUGGUCAAGACAGACAGACGGCAACAUUCAAGAUCCUCGUCUUUAUUUACUGGUUGGCCCAGGGGACCUCCUAUAAAACUGUCUCGGAGACUUUCGGAAUCCCUCUGUCCAAUGCUACCAGCAUCGUCCGCGACGUUGCGGACAAACUGGUCAAGCUCUCUCUGAAGAUUGUGAACAAGCCCUCUUCAGGCGAGCUGGCUCUCACGAUGCAAGGGUUCGGCAGACUGGCCCGUCACCCGGUGUUUGAGAAGGCUGUGGGGGCCAUAGGUGGGUGCCACGUCAGGGUCAAGAUCCCCGGUGUACCGCAACCCCAACAGCGUCCAGGUGACCAGCCCCUCCCUGAGAAGGUCCUCCCCACCAUCAACUUCCAAGGGGUCUGCGACCACACGGGCAGCUUCAUCGACGUCUUUGCGGGGCUGCCUGGGUCUAUGACCGACGUGAGGAUCCUGAGGCACAGUCCCCUUUACAAAUGUGCCCUCUACCCUCCACCCGGAUGCUUCCUCCUAGGCGACAGCGGGUACCCUUGCCUACAGACGCCUGUGUGCAUCAUCACACCCUAUUCAAAGUCUGACCAGAACCCGGUGCACGUCCAGUUCAACCAGCACCACGCCAUGGCUCUUUCCUCCAUCGAGAGGACCUUCGGCAUCAUGAAGAAGCGCUGGCACAUGAUCUUCCUGCAGCCUCUUGAGCUCCACCCAAGCUUCAUCCCCAAAGUGCUAGCGGUGUGCACCGUGCUGCAUAACAUCUGCCUCAGGUCAGGAGACUUGCUGGAGCCAGUGAAGAUUGAGGAUGGAAGCAAGGUGACAGAGGCUCUGAAGGAGUGGCUAGCGUCCAAUGAGACCAGCGGAGAGGCGUUGAGGGACAGUUUGGCUCAACAGAUCUCUACAAUGAAAUGCAUGGCCACUGUGAAAGAUGAGCGAGGUACAUCUGCACCAGCAAACAUGACGGCAGUGCAAAAAGAACACGCUUACAACAUAGUGGUGAUGGAACAUUGAUUUGGUGAUCACAAUUGAUGGGUCGAAUAAGUCACCAUCAGUCACCGAUUACACCACUGGCUAGCUGUGAUACUUUAUCACCCCUUAAGUGGUGGUGGAACUGUUACUACUGACAUUUUUGACUUUUUCACUAAAACAAUUAAGCAUAGUUGCCUCAUGCCAGUGUUUCUUUAACCAUGUCAAAAAUCAUCCACUUUAUUUCAAAUAUUAUUUCCUUUAUACUGUACACAGUAUAGUGAAACACGAUUUGGAUUAUGUUUUUGUGAGUGGUGUAAAUGAGUGGGGCAGGUAUUCAAAUAUUAUUUCCUUUAUACUGUACACAGUAUAGUGAAACACGAUUUGGAUUAUGUUUUUGUGAGUGGUGUAAAUGAGUGGGGCAGGUAUUCAAAUAUUAUUUCCUUUAUACUGUACACAGUAUAGUGAAACACGUUUUGGAUUAUGUUUUUGUGAGUGGUGUAAAUGAGUGGGGCAGGUAUUCAAAUAUUAUUUCCUUUAUACUGUACACAGUAUAGUGAAACACGAUUUGGAUUAUGUUUUUGUGAGUGGUGUAAAUGAGUGGGGCAGGUAUUCAAAUAUUAUUUCCUUUAUACUGUACACAGUAUAGUGAAACACGAUUUGGAUUAUGUUUUUGUGAGUGGUGUAAAUGAGUGGGGCAGGUAUUCAAAUAUUAUUUCCUUUAUACUGUACACAGUAUAGUGAAACACGAUUUGGAUUAUGUUUUUGUGAGUGGUGUAAAUGAGUGGGGCAGGUAUUCAAAUAUUAUUUCCUUUAUACUGUACACAGUAUAGUGAAACACGAUUUGGAUUAUGUUUUUGUGAGUG